UAAACAAAUAACAAUAACGUUUAUAUUAGGUAUAUUAAUCUAAUCGUAACAAACAUAUAUGUACAUAUGAAUGUGUGUACGUGUCCAUUCGUUAACAUAUGGCGUAUUAUAAAUAUUAUGAACGUAUUUUUAGUUCAGUUAUAAAUUUGUAUGUGAAAAAGCCGGUCCAAUAUUUUUUAGUAUUAAAACAAAAUAUUUUGUGCAAGCCUGUAUAGCUGUUAUAUGAGGUGACAUCACGUUAAGCACAUGGGAAUAUACUUAUGUGGAUAUUUAUAACAUAUUUUACUAAAAAAACAACUCAAAAACUACUUGUUUUCUAUUCUGCCGUCCUACAUUCAGCUUUUUUCGUUGCCUUUUAAUUUGACAUUUGAGGAACAGAAAAAAGCUUUCUAAAAGCUCAAUACUUUGUGAACUGCGUACAGAAAAAUAAAUCUAAAUGCAUCCCUCGAAAAAGUUCAUGGAAUGUUUGCAGUUUGCAGCUGUGAAACACAGAAAUCAAAGACGUCUUGACAAGAUAAAGACACCUUAUAUCAAUCACCCCAUCAAUGUAGCUACUAUAUUGUCCAUUGAAGGAGGAGUUAACGAUGAAGUAGUGCUAAUGGCAGCUUUGCUACAUGACACUGUGGAGGAUACGGACACAACUUUUGAAGAAAUUGAAUGUCGUUUUGGGAAAGAAAUUUGUAACAUAGUUCGCGAAGUAACUGAUGAUAAAUGCUUAGAAAAGCAGGAACGCAAAAGAUUACAAAUAGAAAAAGCUGCUGAUACAAGUCCUAAGGCGAAGUUGGUGAAAUUGGCUGAUAAAUUGGAUAAUUUAAGAGAUCUUAGCUCUAACUUGCCAAUAGGAUGGUCAGAGGAACGUCGUGAUGAGUACUUUAUUUGGGCCAAAAAAGUUGUGGAUAAUUUACGGUGUACCAAUACGCAACUAGAAAAUUUAUUAGAUGACAUUUUUAGACAACGGGGAUUGCUAUAACAUUCAAUCGAAUAAAAACAAAUAAAAAUAUUAUGUCAAAAAAUA